AACACAAAAACGCAAACGAAAAAAAAUCCGCUCGCACUUGUCUUUUUUCUGCUCUCCAGAGCAGCUGCUCAGUAUCAAUUCACACGCGGCGGAAGCUGGUCAACAUGGCUGAGGAACUUGCGCCCGUCUAUUUUGCCGUGGGCCCCAACGCCCGCGAGAUCACCUGCCCCUAUUGCAAGGUGCUGGCCAGGACGCGUCUGGUGCGCUCCUGGCUGCGCUGCUGCACCAAGCGUCACCAUUGGGGCGCCUGCGGCGAGUACCUGGGCGUCUACAGGCGACCCCAGCUCUGAUACUCUACAUCAUCUUCACUUUUACUGUACAUUGCAACAAUAAAGAACUGGCAUUAAA